UAUUUUGACUUGAAAUGUAACCCGAGAGACGAAGUGUUUCAAGAAGCUCAAUUUUUUUCCUGCACAGAAGAUGGUAAAUGCUUUUGUCAACCAAAUUAUAUUGCGUUGAAUAAUAAGUACGUCCCACUAUUAAACGAGCAUUGUACUGAGAAUAAACACUGUCUAAUCGAUUUCUCGGCUUGUGUGAACGAUAAGUGUCGAUGCAAGCCAGAAUAUGCUGCGCAGGCCAACAAUCUAUGCUUACCAACGCGUUUGAAUUAUAAGUGUAAAUUCGAUGACGAUUGCAGUAAAAUACAAAACUCUAAAUUUUCUGAGUUUAAGGGCUGUAUUUGUAGAAAAAAUUAUUAUCAACAGACGGAAACAAUUUGCUCUCCGAAUAUCGGCAGGCCAUGUGCUUCAUACAUGGAUUGUACUGUUGAAAAUUCUGUCUAUAUUGACAAUUCUUGUCAAUGCAUGUUUAAUUUUACAUUUAUUUCCAACAAAUGUCUACCUGGAAGUAUCACUUCUAUGAAUGUAAGAUUGAAU